AUGGCGGCUGCUUGGGACAGCUGGAAAGUGCGGAGGCUGGCUAGGGAGAAGAGAGCGCAGGGUGUGACAGAGCGGACGGCGCUGAUCCGGAUGUCGUCGGGAGGGACUCGCGUGAGCCUGCAGGAAGAGGCUGCAACCAAGGUGCAAAAUCUAUACGCAUGUCUGCUUUCGUUGAUCUUCGUGCUUUAUGCGCCCUUUGAAAUAUGGAGUCUACGCGGUGCAGCCAUCAAAGUCCUUCCUGACUUUGAGCAUCUUAUCAAGACUGUACUGGCCGUAGCGUUCUUUAUUGUUCUACUGGCUUCUCUUACAUACACAGCACUCUCAGAUGGCUACCGAGAUCAGCUUCCAGCUAUCGCAUUGAUUCUGGCUGCUUUUGAUCUUUGCAUAUUGUUGUGGUUCGGACAUCGUAGAACCGUGCGGCCGUCUACUCUAGUGAUUCUCUACCUUGGUCUUUCUCUCACCAAGGACUUCAUUGCUUGGACGCUGCUAUCGGGAGACCUGGAACCAUUGGAGCGUUCGUUUCUGGCUGCACGAGCGGCAUUGGAGUUGUGCCUUCUAAUGAUGGAAUCACAGAGCAAGACCAGAAUUUUAAAGCCUGGAUAUAGGUCUCUUACGCCUGAGAAACGGACAGGAAUUCUUGGCCGUGUCUUCUUUUGGUGGAUUAACCCUGUGCUCAAACAAGGCUAUCGCGAUGUCCUGACCCCGAAUGCUUUACCUGGAAUCGACCAAGCGAUAUCUUCUACGGUGUUACGCAAAAGAAUAAUUGGUGCCUGGCGAGAGAGAUCAAAGCCCGAAACCAAGUUCACCUUGCCGCUUGUCCUUAUCAAGGCAUUUCAGAGAGAGCUUCUCAUGCCGAUACUGCCACGCCUCUUCUUGAUAGCCUUUCGCUACUCGCAACCCAUACUCAUUGGUAUUACUAUCAAUUUUAUUAACCAUAGGGAUUCGCACGACGAAAGCAUUUAUUUUAGAUAUUGGCUCGUCAUAGUCACUGCCGUUAUAUAUUGCGGUCUUGCGAUUUCAACUUCAAUAUAUGAACACAGGCUCAACCGGCUGCAGUUGGUAACACGGGGAGCUCUUGUUGGUCUGAUUCAUGCACGAUCAUUAAGAGCCGAGAGCUCCCCUAUCCAUAAGGGGCGAGCGCUAACUUUGAUGAGCGCCAACGUUGAUAGUGUUAAUACCUCUGCCGAGAUGGUCCAUGAAACCUGGGCUCAGUUUGGGGAAGUACUGAUCGGAACAACCCUCCUCGCAAGACACAUUGCAUGGUUUGCCUUGCUGCCGCUGCUUAUCAUUUUCGGUUGUUCUCGAAUGAGCGCAUAUGUUGCGAAGCACCUGCAAGGUAGACAGAAGGACUGGAGCGCUGCAACUCAACGUCGCCUCACAAGGAUUGCUGCGGUACUUGGACGAGUCAAAAGCAUGAAGAUACUGGUUAUUCUACUUGAGGAUGGACGAGUGCAGGUCUUGGACCCCCAGGAUGAGAUCGUCCUAGCAAAAUCUCAAAUCUCAAAGAUCAAUCUCUCUCAAAAGACAACAGAGAGCGGUGAGUCUAAAAGCAUUUCACCUGCGCUGGCAGAUGGAAGGCGCAUGGAUGACGCCGCCGCCGAUGCAUCCAGAAGGACAGGGGACCUCGCGCUCUACAGUAAACGCAACCUGCUAUAUAUAAUUAAAAGAAAACCUGCUGAGAAGCAUGACAUAGAUUAUUAUUUCGGUUGUGUUGGAGUCAAUGCCCCUCUUUCAUACUUCUCCACCUUCGAGCUCGUCGAUAAGCAGUUGCCCUCCGCCUUCUCAAAUCUCAGCGUUCAGAUAUUCAAACUAUUCAUGCAAACAAUCAUUCUGUUAGCUGCUCAACCAUUGAUGUUCGUGACGCUGCCAUUAUGCGCCGUUUGUGUUGACGGUAUUGCCACAAUCCGCGCCUAUGGGUGGGAAGGUGGAUUUGAACUUGAGAACAUCAACAAGUUGGAUUACUCUCAGAGCCCACUCUAUCUCCUUCUGUGCUUGCAGCGAUGGCUCAAUGUCGUUUUUGACUUGCUGGUAACUGGAAUCGCAUUACUAUUGAUUAUGUUCGCAGUGGUCUUUCGGGACACAGCCACUGGAGCUGAAAUGGGUGUUGCAUUGAACAUGAUCAUCGCUGCUAAUACAACAUUGCUUCGCUUGGUGGGAAAUUGGAUAAGGCUGGAGACAUCCUUGGGGGCGGUCUCUCGGUUGAGUGAUGACAGCAGCAACGACUAUGAUGACAGAGGGCCAAAGCCUAUUGUGAUUCUUGAUGAGGUCAGUUCCUCGUUAGACCCGGAAACAGAAGCCAGGAUGCAUGAGUUGGUGAAGGAGGAGAUUAUUGAUGAAGGCUAUACGGUAAUUAUGAUUUCCUAUCGAGAUGGUAGUAUGCAGAAAGAUCUAAGAUCCGGAGUCGAUGCUGUUGUUUGGAUGAAAGAUGGGAAGGUAUGCGAGGUUGAUCAUGAUCUGGUUGAGGGUGGUAGUGAUUAA